GGGCCCGGCGUUUCCAUGGCGGCGUCCUGGGGGCAGGUGCUUGCUCUGGUGCUGGUGGCCGCACUGUGGGGUGGCACGCAGCCGCUGCUGAAGCGAGCCUCCUCCGGCCUGCAGCAAGUGCGUGAGCGGACGUGGGCCCGGCAGCUGUUGCAGGAGAUGAAGACCCUCUUCUUGAAUACCGAGUACCUGAUGCCCUUUCUCCUCAAUCAGAGUGGAUCCCUUCUUUACUACUUGACCUUGGCAUCAACAGAAGUCUCCUUGCUGUAUUUUGCCUAUCCUAGCGACGAGAGGCCCAAGGGGAGGAAAGAACCUGAUCUGACGUUAGCUGUGCCCAUCUGCAACUCUCUGGCCAUUGUCUUCACACUGAUUGUGGGGAAGGUCCUUGGAGAAGAUAUUGGUGGGAAAGAAGCAGUGGCUGGCAUGGUGCUCACCAUCACAGGGAUUACAGUGUGCAUCACAAGCUCGGUGAUCAAGACCCAGGGCCAACCGUCGCCCUCCUGAGUGGGCCAACCCCGACCUUCAGCUCUGCUGUGCUCAGUGGAUGCUGGGCACCGAGGUGUAGGCAGAAUGAUACACCAGCUUGCCUCUCUCAUCUCUCAGAUCGCAUCUACCUCAGGGGUCACGAUAAGAAAUGCACUCUCAGAGUGCCAAGACUACACAGAAACCCUGCCUCAAAAAACCAAACAAGACAAAGGACAGCACUGGAAAGGCUUUGUAAACUUCAGUGGGUUCCACUGUUGGGAUUUAGCACUGGAGCCAGGCAUGGUGGGAUACUCCAGUAAUCACUCAGGAGGCAGAGGCUGAUGGGUCUUUGUGAGU